AUGUUCACUGUUAUUCUCCAGCCAACUUAUCAAGCCACCUCACCUUCUAUCACAAUGCGCUUCGCACUCAUUGUCCUCGCCUUCGCCGUCGUCUUCGUCGCUGCUAGCCCCAGCAUGGACAAGAAGAAGAAGAAGACUGCUCCCCCAGUUGAGGCUCCUGUUGAGGAGACCCCCGCCGAGGUGCAUCGACACCGGGGGCGCUUCUAUAUCCAUUCCGUGGGUAUGGACGGCUACCCUAGCGGGCUUGGAGUGAGAUUCAUGCGCUCUGUGCCACAGGAGCCGAAGCAAUACGCACAAUGGGUUGCAGAGCGCCGAAAGUUCCUCGAUGAUAUGCGGGCAGGGGCGCAUCCGGACUACGAGAUCACGCUCACUCCGAUGGUUGAUGUCUUCGCCUACGAAAUCGACCUCGACCACCACAUUUUCCACUACCAGGGCUUCCCGAUGUUCCGGCUGGACAACUUACCCCCGGAGAGCUUUUUAGACGAUUGGGAAGAUAUACAAGACCGGGACGUCUUUGGGAACCCGAUGCCGAGCCCAGCACUGCCUGAAGAGCACGCGUGCAGGUGGCGAGCGAUUCUGCCCCCUAACCCCUACGACGUGGAAGUAUAUCAGGCCUACAAGGCAACAGGCAAAUCCGAGCUCCUGCAAGAGAUUCUGGACGGGUACAACACACUCAGUAAAACCCAGGAUUGCCGGGUGCGGCUCUACGAGGUAAUCACAAACGCAUUCGUAUAUACCAAGGAGCUCUACUCUGCGCUCUGCUCCUCCGAGCUUCAAUGCGACGACGCAAUCGACGCUGCACCUAUCCCGCAGUUCGCACUCGACAAGGGCAUCGACAUCGACGCGCAGUAUGAGAAGAGACGGGCCGAAUAUCUCUGGAUAUACUACAACUUGUGCGCAAAAGCGGCGCGCUCCCUAGACCAGGAGCCGGUCCUCCAAGGCGCUGUGGGCGAUCUGGUACGGCAUAUACGUGAGAUGGGUAAACAGGGUAUAGUGUACGGCGUGCUCUGCUCGCUCUUCCAUGUCGUUAUCGUCCGCGUCGACAUGGCGAACGAUGGUACGUUACAGCACACGCCUGCGCUCGCCUUCCUCCCCCCGCGGCGUGCAGCCAACCAUCGGUCCCAGGAGACCACCCCGUACCCCCAAGGAAUCGACGCGCUGAUGAAACUAUCCUUCCGCCUCCAAGACGGCAUUUUCCACCCCGUCGAUACACCUCGCGCAGCGGAAACCACCCACCCGCCCACGUACUUCGACAAGCUCCCGUUCGAAAUCAUCCAGCACAUCUUCGCAGAAAUCGAGGACGCGGGGUACACCAUAGCCGCCGAUGCACUUACGGCCCUUGCGUCACUCAAUGAGAAUGUGGCGAUUGUUGUGGCGCCGCGUGUGUUCCUCCCAUCUGUCAACGGGUGCACGCUGAGCGCGGUGUUGGCGACGAAAGACUUGCGGUGUUGGCAACUGUCCGUGAUGUUCGAGUGGCAUGCGAGGUGCUGCGCCUUCCAUCCCGAAGAACGGUGUGGCUUGCGCAUGUGGUACCAGAGCUGGGUUCACCGGGUGAUUCCGAUAUUCACAGUUGGAGGGGUGGGCGUGCUGGCUGUCUUAACGGAGCAUGAAACACUUGCUACGUUCAGCGGGCGGAAGGAUUAUUAG